AUGUUGUUUAUCUUCGCUAAGUAUCCGGCUCUCAUAACGGCUAUGGUUGCGCUGUGGUGCAUAACUGGCCGCGGACAGGACAUGAAGAAAACAAAGACCGAAAAUGCAGCGUAUUACAUCUCACUGAUAAUGGCAUUCGUUGUACUGCUUUCGCAAUUGCCGGCCAGUAUUCAGCAUCAUUAUUCGCUUAAAAGAGUCAAAAUGCUGAGCUAUUUUUGCCAUGGCUCCAUGGUAUUCACGAGUUUGCUUGCUCUAUUGGUGAUACUAUUUGCUUCGCUUAACUUCAAAGAAUACACCGGCAAAGGGAAUGAGACGACAAAAGAAUGUAAAUAUACAGAACAGUGCUAUACUUAUUCGGAAAGAGUUGCGUAUUUGGGUACGCUUGUUGGAUGCAGUGUUGUGAUAAUAUCUUUUGCCAUCGACACAUUUGUGUAUGGAGGUUUUGGUAAGCCUCUCACUCUAUUGUUUGCUGUAAAACAGUAG